AUGCCCAUAUCUACUCUCGCUCUGAAUGACGGACACCAGGUCCCGUGGAUAGCUUUUGGCACUGGUACUGCCCUCUUUGGCAAGGACGCUGAAGAGGCUAUCCGCCUUGCUAUCGAUAACGGCUUUACGCACCUCGACGGUGCCCAGGUCUAUCGCAAUGAGGACACUUUGGGGGACGGAAUACUAGCUUCUGGCAAGCCCAGGUCCGAGCUCUUCGUAACAACGAAGCUCGGAGCAUUGCAGCCUGGUGCAACGCCAAAGAGCGCACUCCAAGAAUCCUUGAAGAAGAUGAAAGUGGAUUACGUCGAUUUAUACCUUAUCCACCAAGCCAGCCAACACGUCGGAAAGCUAAAGGAGGUCUGGAAAGGCAUGGAAGAGGCUCAGAAGGCUGGAUUAACCAAGUCCAUUGGAGUUUCUAACUUCACUGCUGACCACCUGAAGGACAUCCUGGAAAUUGCCACUAUACCCCCGGCGGUUAACCAGCUCGAGGCUCAUCCAUAUGUAUGGAAAGCGUUGCAGCCAAACCUCGCCAUUCAUAAGCAAUACAACAUCGUCACGUCAUCGUAUGGUGGUCUGUCGCCUAUUUUCCGUGGAAAAGGCGGUCCAUUAGACCCUGUGAUCGAGCAAAUCCGCGCUCGUUUGGAGACCACUCGUGGCGCCUCUGUGUCUGAUGGUCAGGUGUUGAACAAAUGGCUGAAACAAAAGGGUGUUCUUGUGGUAACAACCUCUUCAAAAGCCGAACGUAUCAGGGAAUACCUUGACACUGAGAUUGUUCCGGAGCUCACGGCUGACGAAAUCGCGCUUAUCGAGACUAUUGGGGGAGAACUUCACAAAAGAUACUUCCCUGGAAACUGGCCGCCCGAGUAA